CUGCGGCUGUAGAUGGGGAUCCCAGCGGCACGUUGCUGCUGUUAGAAGAUCAGGCGCUUGCAAGACCAAACAGAAAAUUGCGUUCUCACUUACAUUUUUUUUGUGCUGCAGCAUCCACAUAAGCGGUGCAAUGCGGUAGAUCAUGUAGACCGAGUUCUUUUUUUAUUUACUUUCUUUUUUAUUUAGUUUUUUACUUUGCGGGAUACAAACUCGCUCUGGUCUUGCGGCGUUUCAUUCAUAUCUUUUGUGGUCAAGUGCGAACUUUGUGAACUCUCUGAAAUUAUAUAACGUCGAACAUAUAUCGUGGAAAUCACCAUGAGAAUAGGGGGAACGCGAUGAAUAGGCGAGUGUGAUCGGGAUCGAAUCCGCAGCGUCGGAGCCGGGGGAAGCCAUGCAGCUCCAGUCUGCAGCACAAUGCAAGGUGUCCGGCUUCAUACUGAAUGAAAGAUGCACCCUGUCUUCAAAAAUGGAAGUCCACCGUGAGCAGAGUAUCUGUCAGGCACGGGCUGCUGUCAUGGUAUAUGACGACGCCAAUAAGAAGUGGGUUCCGGCUGGUGGAUCUACAGGCUUUAGUCGAGUCCACAUCUAUCACCACACUGGCAACAACGCCUUCAGAGUAGUGGGCCGUAAAAUUCAGGACCACCAGGUGGUAAUAAACUGUGCCAUUCCCAAGGGGCUGAAAUACAACCAGGCCACACAAACGUUUCACCAGUGGCGAGAUGCACGGCAGGUGUACGGCCUUAACUUUGGCAGCAAAGAGGAUGCCAAUGUAUUUGCCAGUGCCAUGAUGCAUGCCCUGGAGGUGCUGAACUCUCAGGAUGCAGGCCCCCCGAUGCCAAGACAGACCCCUCAGGUGGAGAAUGGCCCAUCACCAGAGGAGCUGGAGGUGCAGAGAAGGCAGCUGCAGGAGCUCCAGCAUCAGAAGGAGCAAGAGAGGGAACGACUGGAGCGAGAGCGGCUAGAACGGGAACAGCAGGAACGAGAGAUGCUGGAACGGGAACGUGCCGAAAGGGAAUGUCAGGAACGGGAGCGUCAGGAGCGAGAGCGGCUGGAGAGGGAACGUAACGAGCAGGAACGUCUGGAGCGCCUGGAGCGUGAGCGUCAAGAGCAGGAGCAGCUGGAGCGAGAACGCCAGGAACGGGAGCGUGCCGAGCGGGAGCUGAUGGAGAGAGAGCGUGCCGAGAGAGAGAAGCAAGAAAGGGAGCACCAAGAGCAGCUGGACAGAGAGCAGAUGGACUGGGAGAGAGGGAGACGCAUCUCCAACGCCGAUUCAGUACAGGGGAUACCAACUCCUCCACCCCCACCACCCCUCCCUCCCGGUUCCACUGUGACUCCUACCACUGCUGGACCUGGUCCUCCCCAUCCCCCUGGCCCACCGCCUCCAACCUCAGGCCAGGCUCCUCCACCAGCACCAGCACCACCUCCACCCCCGGCCCCGCCUUUGCCCUCGGGUCUAUUCACCCCCUCGCCCACCACAGAGGAGAACAAGGGUCUGUCUGGGCUCACAGCCGCCCUUUCUGGAGCCAAGCUAAAGAAAGUGCCAAGGAGUGAUGAGCCCCUGGCAGGAUCUGCGGUGAGUUCUGGUGGUGCCAAGCCUGAGGCAUCCCGUGGAAAUGGUCCUUUACCUGGAGGAGGAGGUCUGAUGGAGGAGAUGAGCGCCCUGCUGGCCAGGAGGAGAAGAAUUGCUGAGAAGGGAUCAUCGCCAGAGCCUGAGCAGAAAGCUGAUGACAUUGAGGCUACCAUAACUCCAAAAGUGUCAGCCUGUAGCACACCAGAUAUGCCCAGAAAGCCUUGGGAGAGGACAAACACCAUGAAUGGUAGCAAAUCACCAGUCAUUGGAAGACCAAGGUCUACACCAACUCCUACCGGAUCCAUAAGUGCCAAUGGGGUGCCAACAGAAGCUCUCGACUAUGACAGAUUGAAACAGGACAUUCUAGAGGAGAUGAGGAAGGAACUAGCGAAGCUGAAAGAAGAACUUCUUGAUGCAAUCAGGGAGGAGUUGGGCAAGUCAAACUCAGCAUAGGAGGAUGAGAUGCACCUGUAUUUUUUAUCCACAGUCUGUCACUUCAGAGGUCAGCUUCAGUUUAAGACACUAUCUCAAAAGCAAUGAAAAUGCAAAAUUACAGUUUUAACCAGUGGUGAUCACAAUAACCAUGAUAAUUCUGGAUCUGUUGAGUACGAUGCUGGGACAGACACAAGUUUUGAGCGUGGGGGCACAAGAGGCGUAACAGCGAGAGGAUAACCAGACGCCUCAAAGCGACGCCAUACACCAAAAGCCCCGUCUUGAAGGGGGUCAGGACAUAGUCUUAAGGAAGUGACUGUCAGUAUGCAAUGGAUGACUCUUACUGUGGAAAGAAAAUGACGAAAAAAGACAAACUAUUACUGAAUUACAUACUGUAUUAACCAUUGAAGAGUGAAAUUGUAAAACAAGCAGAUGACAUUCAUUUUACUGCACAUUGUUUAGCAAAGGGCAGGCUUUGUUUAUGUAUUUAAAAGGUGGUAGUGGUGGCGGUGAAGUAACGUUAAGUUGGCCUUGUAUAGAGCAAAACCUUGAAUCUGGCCAACCAAAUGAGUAUGGUCUAUUGCUGCAGGACUCUAAAGCUUGUCUUCCUACUAUUUUAACCAGAAUAUGUACAUUAAAAUGACAACAAAAUAAACAUUAUACCUGCAAGUCAUUCAGUCAACCUGUUCUAAUGUACGCCAUGACCACAUCAGGUAGCUUACUUGCUCUUUUGGACGGUUUUCAUUAUUAUUCUCUUUUCAAAAGUGAAUGCUCGACAGGCUGUCUCUAAUGAGCCACUGUUAUCUGUAUACCUUCGUCUUGUGUGUUUGCUAAGUGUUCAGAAAGAUCACGAAGGACAAUGCCUUUCUACUGUACAUCAUUGUAGCUCUCUACCAAAAUCCUCUCAGCCAAUCGAAGUUGAGGUUGACGUCAGCGUCGGCUCAGACCGUAUCUGUAGAUAGUGCUAACCAGAAAUACUAUGAACUUU